GUCUGAACCGGUGCAUUGUGGGAAGCCGUCUGUGACGCUGUGUGUUUCUUGACAUAUCUAACGCCGCCUUUCUCUCCAAAUGCACGCUGAAAAUGCAGUGCAUAUCCAGCUUUAACUAGCUGUGACUCAGGCAGCGUUCAACCCGCGGUCUCCAGGACGCAGCAUGGAGGCUGGAGAAGGUGUCAGCGGCACCACGCCCACAGAGGAGAUGAACGGAGCCGGGAACUUGAUGGAUUUCCUGGACGAGCCUUUUCCUGACGUGGGCACCUACGAAGAUUUCCACACCAUCGACUGGCUGAGGGAGAAAUCCAGAGACACGGACCGCCAUCGCAAGAUCACCAGUAAGAGUAAAGAGUCCUUCUGGGAGCUGAUCAAGAGUCUGCUGGACGCCUGGUCAGGAUGGGUGGUGAUGCUGCUCAUCGGACUGCUCUCAGGCACGCUGGCCGGAGUGAUUGACCUGGCGGUGGACUGGAUGACGGACCUGAAGGAAGGCGUGUGUCUGACGGCCUUCUGGUACAGCCACGAGCAGUGCUGCUGGACGUCCAAUGAGACCACCUUCGACGACCGGGACAAGUGUCCGCAGUGGCAGAAGUGGGCCGAGCUGAUGACGGGCCACGCUGAGGGAGCGGGAGCAUACGUGUUGAACUACUUCCUGUACGUCCUGUGGGCUCUGCUGUUUUCCUUCCUGGCCGUGUCUCUGGUGCGAGUGUUUGCUCCGUAUGCCUGCGGCUCAGGAAUCCCCGAGAUCAAGACGAUCCUCAGCGGCUUCAUCAUCCGGGGCUACCUGGGGAAAUGGACCCUGCUGAUAAAGACGGUCACCCUGGUUCUGGCGGUGUCGUCGGGCCUGAGUCUGGGGAAAGAGGGCCCGCUGGUCCACGUGGCCUGCUGCUGCGGGAACCUUUUCUGCAGCCUCUUUUCCAAGUACAGCAAGAACGAGGGCAAGCGCAGAGAGGUGCUGUCAGCAGCAGCAGCAGCCGGGGUGUCUGUAGCCUUCGGAGCGCCCAUCGGAGGAGUUCUGUUCAGCCUGGAAGAGGUCAGCUACUACUUCCCUCUGAAGACGCUGUGGCGUUCGUUCUUCGCUGCCCUGGUCGCCGCCUUCACGCUGCGCUCCAUCAACCCGUUCGGCAACAGCCGCCUGGUGCUGUUCUACGUGGAGUACCACACGCCGUGGUACAUGGCGGAGCUGGUGCCCUUCAUCCUGCUGGGUGUGUUCGGCGGCCUCUGGGGGACGCUGUUUAUCCGCGCCAACAUCGCCUGGUGCCGCCGGAGGAAGACCACGCAGCUGGGCAAGUACCCGGUCCUGGAGGUCAUCGCUGUGACGGGCAUCACCGCCCUGCUGGCGUUCCCCAACCCAUACACCCGGCGCAGCACCAGCGAGCUCAUCUCCGAGCUGUUCAACGACUGCGGGGCGCUGGAGUCCUCGCAGCUCUGCGACUACAUCAACAACCCCAACAUGAGCCGGCCCGUCGACGACAUCCCCGACCGCCCGGCGGGCCCCGGGGUCUACAACGCACUGUGGCAGCUCGCCCUCGCGCUCGUCUUCAAGAUCGUCAUCACCAUCUUCACCUUCGGCAUGAAGAUCCCGUCGGGUCUGUUCAUCCCCAGCAUGGCGGUCGGCGCUAUAGCCGGACGGAUCGUGGGGAUCGCCGUGGAGCAGAUGGCGUACCACCACCACGACUGGAUCAUCUUCAAGAACUGGUGCCGGCCCGGUGCAGACUGCGUCACCCCGGGACUCUACGCCAUGGUGGGGGCCGCCGCCUGCCUGGGGGGGGUGACCAGGAUGACGGUUUCCCUGGUGGUCAUCAUGUUCGAGCUCACCGGCGGGCUGGAGUACAUCGUGCCCCUCAUGGCCGCCGCCGUCACCAGUAAGUGGGUGGCGGACGCCUUCGGGAAGGAGGGCAUCUACGAGUCUCACAUCCAGCUCAACGGCUACCCCUACCUGGACGUGAGGGACGAGUUCACCCACCGCACCCUGGCCACUGACGUGAUGCGUCCCCGCAGGAACGACCCCCCCCUGGCCGUCCUCACGCAGGACAGCACCACGGUGGAGGAUGUGGAGACGCUGAUCAAAGACACCGACUACAACGGCUUCCCCGUGGUGGUGUCCCGGGAGUCGGAGAGGCUCAUCGGCUUUGUGCAGCGCCGCGACCUCACCCUCGCCAUCAAAACCGCCCGGCAGAAGCAGGACGGCGUGGUGAGCAGCUCCGUGGUCUACUUCACCGAGGACGCGCCACAGCUGCCGGCCAGCAACCCGCAGCCCCUGAAGCUGCGGCGCGUCCUGAACCUCAGCCCCUUCACCGUCACAGACCACACGCCCAUGGAGACGGUGGUGGACAUCUUCCGCAAGCUGGGCCUCCGCCAGUGUCUGGUCACCAGGAGCGGGCGUCUCCUGGGCAUCAUCACCAAGAAGGACGUCCUGCGACACAUGGCCCAGAUGAUGAACCAGGACCCAGAGUCCAUCAUGUUCAACUAGCAGCUCCUCUGACGGUGUAAAUACUACUGAAUCCUCCACCUGUGGAAAGCCCCAGACCCAGAACCACCUCGCUGUAGCUUCAACCUCUCCAACCCUCCGGGGACCACCUGAACGCUUCACCGCCUCAUGUUGCCAACAGCGCUGAGAGCUUGUUUAAAGAGUCCCUCCUCUCGUGCUGAGUUCAAGGGAAGCGUUCAGAAAGGGAAAACCCGGAGCUUUAGAUAAGCACUCCUCGCUGCACCCCAGACACAGAGGAGCCCCGAUAUCAAGAUAAGGGAUCCUCAGAGUCUCUCAAAGUAAUUGAAACGGGACCACUUAUUAUCUGAUAAAGUACCACUGAGUUGAUGUAGAGGUGGGGGUUUGGGACUGCUGCCCUCUGUGAUUAUUAUUUCUGUGUUGCUGCCAUAUUUAUAUUAACGCUGCUCGUCUCCAUGUGAAGUUUUACCCAUCAGUGUAGCGUGAGUCUGCUCCUCCGACUCAAAGGGUUUCCUUAUUGCUUUGCUAUAAUCACACUUUCAAUUACGGUCCCUCAUUGCAGAGGAAGGUCUGAUUGGUUUCUUGUAGACAUUUCAGAAAGUAAACGAAGAAGAGAAACGUUCAACUGAUUGUAAAGCUGGUUAAAACAUGUUUCUCAUUGGCUUAAAAACUGAGCAGGGAAACUGAGCUCCUCGGCCUCCAACCUUUUAAAAGCUGCUCAUAUUUUUGAACAUUUCCAGCUCUUAAAGAGUAGUUUCUGCGCCCCGUUCCUCGACUGCACGCUCAGUGUUCCCCUCGUGAUGGUUUAGCUCCAAACAAAGGAUCCACCUGUGGUUUCAGAUGCCAACACACUGUAUUGAAGGAAGACCUGUUGUAAAUAUUACAGAUUUAUUGUGAGCAUUUCUUUAUGGCUUUUACCCCUCAAUAUUUAUCAGACGCAUCGCUCGUACAGGAAACACAUAUUUGCACUUUUUUCUUUUUCUGACUUUGUGAGAAAUAAACCCUCAGACGGUGGAUCA